UUUCUCCAAAACAUAAGGACGAUCUUUACCGUUUAUGAUUAUAUUUAUGUUUUUGUGUAACGUAGGUCUACCAUUUCUCUGCUCUUAAGGUUGGGUUGGACGCACUUUUAUUGUACAGUACAAUUGAAUCUAGGUGCUCAUAUUAUGAACAUUACGGUAGUUGAGGCACGGUUACAUGGGCUGAUUUCCAUAUCAGUGCGUAUACUUGGCUAUGUACAUACUCAAACAGUCCACCAUAUUAUCGACUGGCGAUACAAGAGGAAUCUCAAGCAACUGUUUACGCCAACGUUUUGAAACUGAUAAGAGCUAAUGGCCCUCUCAGGCUGGGUGUGUUUGGUGACAGGUGCCUCUCGUGGCAUUGGAAGAGGCAUUGCCCUGCAGCUGUCAGAGGCGGGAGCUACUGUCUACAUCACUGGCCGCCAGGAGAAGACCCUGAAGGAAACUGCUGCUCAGGUGACGGAGAGGGGUGGGAACUGUGUGCCAGUUGUAUGUGAUUCUUCAAGUGAUGAAGACCUAAAAUAUCUAUUUGAUCAAAUCCAACGUGAGCAGAAUGGCAGACUGGACAUCCUAGUGAACAACGCCUAUGCUGGUGUACAGGCUGUUUUCACUAACAUGGGGAAGAAGUUCUGGGAAACCGAUCCAACCAUAUGGGAUUCCAUGAACAACAGUGGCCUUAGGGGACACUAUUUCUGCUCAGUGUAUGCUUCACGGAUGAUGGUGGCACAGGGCAGGGGCUUGAUUGUGGUCAUCUCUUCUAUGGGAGGGUUGAGGUAUCUCUUCAACGUGUCAUAUGGGGUUGGUAAGGCUGCGUGUGACAGGCUAGCUGCAGACACAGCAGUUGAGCUGAGAAGCAGGGGAGUGGCCUCUGUCAGCCUGUGGCCGGGAGCAGUUCAGACAGAGUUGGUGUCUCAACUCGUCAUUGAGAAGGAUGCUACACCGGACGUUGAUCCUAAGUUCAGAGCCUUCUUUGCCAAUGGAGAAACCACAGAGCUGAGUGGGAAGUGCAUUGUUGAGCUGGCGCAAGAUAAAAACCUGAUGUCGCUGUCAGGAAAAGUGUUGAUGACCUGUGACCUGUCUAGGCGAUACGGAAUACAAGAUGUUGACGGCCGCAGUGUGACUGACUACACCUCCCUUAAAUUCCUCCUGACCCAGGUCCCAUAUCUUUCGUGGCUCUCCUCGAUUGUACCCUCAUUCUUCCGGGUUCCUCGGUUUGUUCUUACCCUCACCAACGGACGUUUCUGAGCCACCCCAAACUCCUCUGUGACACUUAGAUUACUGCAGUGUCAGUAAUCUACAUUUAUAUGGUAUUCCUAUACAUAGAAUACUAAAUCAUUUAUAAUUCUGUGUUCAUAUGCAUAAGAAGGAUCUGCACCAGUAUUAUGAAUAUUACAAGAGUUUAUAAGCUUGUAUGUGAUUAAACUUGCCUAUUGCCUCUGACAUACAUUGGGAAAUGCCCCAUACAGUACAUGUCAAAACCUAUGAGUGGAAUGGUAUCCAAAACAUCAAACACAUGGUUUCCAUGUGAUUGAUGCCAUUCCAUUCUCUCUGUUCCAGCCAUUAUUAUGAUAUGUCCUCACCUUAAUUAACAGUUUAAACAAAAGGACUGAUAACUUUCUUUGACAAAAUGCUAUUUUUGAGGUGAUCAAAAUGAAGGUAUGCUGAAUUUAAAUUUUAAAAAAUGAAGGUAUGACUAUAACACUAUACUGAAUAUUUCAUCAUAUGAAGAGAAAUUCCAGCAGUGAUGUUUUGCUGCAUUUAAAAACACUAAGCGAAUGCAUUUUGUAAUACUGAUAAGUAAAUAAAAUUCUAUACAUUCCUAUACCAACUUGA